AUGGAUCUAUGUAAGCAUGUUGUUUCAAUUCGUGUAUUGAGUGCCAAGCCAACCAGGCUAGCGCCACUAGCGAGGAAUGCAUUGUGGCUUAGGGCCAAAGAGAAAAAACUCAAAAAAGAAGAGGGGGCAAAAAAGAAAGAGGAGGUUGGCCUUGCUUAUAUGAAACUCUCCUAUUUGCUUUAUAUAUAUGAUAAACUACCAGAAGUUUUAGACUUCUCCAAGGAUCUUGCUAACCUCGAGCUAGCUGCAAAGGUUUUGUACUCCUCCAAGGCUCUUCACUUCAUUAUGGUGAUGGAAAUAGUAUAUUUGUUAGAACUAACAUCUAUGAUUACGAUCCAGGUCCAGUUGAAGUUUGUGGCAGAGGAGAUGCAAGUCUUCACCAUCUCAAUUAGCUUCACUGUUGGAGUGACAUGUGCUAACUUGGAUGGAAAAAUUGUUCUUGAGGCAUUGAUUUUGACCUCGGCAGUUGCUUCUUCUCUCACUGGCUAUGCCUUUUGGGCUUCCAAGAAGGGCAAGGAUUUUAGCUACCUUGGUCCAAUAUUGUUCACCUGCCUCGUUACCCUCUUCCUCACUGGCAUGAUGCAGAUGUUCUUCCCUCUUGGACCAACAGCCCAUGCUAUAUAUGGUGGAAUCGGUGCUAUGAUUUUCAAUGGUUAUAUUGUCUAUGACAUGUUUAUGAUAUGA